AUGGGUGUGCGAUCAGAGGGUGACAAUGCAUUUGGGGUUUAUCGCGUGUUUUUCUGGUUCAUCGGCGUUUGGCCACUGGAGAAAAAAAAUUAUUUCAAAAUUUUUCGCUUUUCCAUGGCUAUUAUAUUUCAGGCAAGCUUUUUAAUGCAUUCGUUGGCAGAACUUUAUUUGAAUAAUGGGAAAAUAUCGGAUAUUGUCGAUAUAUUACUGUUCUUUGCAUCAGCCCUUCUCUCUACAAUAAAACACAUUUUUCUAAAUAUACACGGAGACAAAAUUGCAGAAAAUUUAAAAUGCUAUACAAAAGAUUGGACCGACGUCAAAGAUGAAACUUCAUUAAAAGUCAUGAGAGCACAUGUGAAGAUUUACAAGUAUCAACACAUCAUUUACAAUUCCGUUGGCUACAUUGGGACAACUUUAUUUUUGACUAGAACAAUUCUGCUAAACUUUAUCAAUCAGCGUCAAUUAGGAUCGAAUGAAGAAAUCGAGUAUCAGUUAAUUUCCCAUACGUCGUAUAUAUCGCAAGAAUUUUUGACUAAGUAUUAUAUAAUUCUGAUAAUAAUUCAGUAUGCACAGUGCAUAUAUGUUUGCACAUGUGGUGCAUGCACCGAUUGCUUUUUCUUUGGUUUGGUAUUUCAUCUGUGUGCUCAGUUUGAAAUUUUAAAAUUGGAAUGGGAGAAGCUAGGAGUUGAUGAUUCCAAUGAUAGAAAUACGGUUGAAAGCAAUGAUCUUAAAAUUAAAGUAAAUAUAUUGGUAAUUAAACAUCAAAAACUUAUCAAACUUGGUAAGAAUUUGGAAGAGAGUUUCAAUGGAGUUGUUUUGAUACAACUCUUAAUUAGUAUUAUUCUUAUUUGCAUGAGUGGUUGUAGUAUACUAGUCGCGAUGAUGGUUAGAGAUUAUAUGACAAUAUUAUUGAGCACGAAUUGCAUAAGCUUCAUGAUAAGCGAAUCAUUCAUUUACGCAUAUGCAAGCGAUUAUUUAUUGAGUCAAAGUGAAAGUAUUGUUCAAGCAGCUUAUUCGAGUGGUUGGUAUAACCUCGAGAAUCGCCUAAAGAGAAACUUCAUCUUUAUUAUAAUGAAGGCACAAAAUCCUCUCUACAUUACAGCGGGAAAAUUUUUUUAUAUAACGCGCAAUACUGCCAUACAGCUUCUUAAAAGUACAUUUUCAUACAUUUCAGUUUUGCGAUUAACAUUUGAAGUGUCCCAUACAAAUAUCUAA